UAACAAAUCGCGAAUAUAUCAGAUAAUGAGAUUGGAAGGAAAAGACUGACAUUUCUGUCAAAUUACUGAAUACAUUAAAAGGAAUAAAGCUCCUGAGAGAAAACCAGAACUUCGUUACCGGUAAUCAAACAUGGAAAUAGAUGAGAUUACCGUCAUCAUUUUAAAGGCCAAGGACCUGCAUCCAAAGAAAAAAGGUCGAGGCAAAUAUUCAGUGAUUUUUGGCAUCGGAGGUAAUAAAUACCGUACCGAUGUUAUCAGAGACUCAGAGAAUUGUCCCAUGUGGAAUCAAGAGUCAAUCAUUGUCGUUCAGAAGGCAACUAAUCCACUGAAGAUAGUAGUCACCGACCAUGAAGAUGUGUUGGGUCAGAUCGUCGUGCCAUUACAGUGUUUACAGACCAAAAAAACGAGGCCGGAGGAAGCCCCGCUCCGUGCGCACAAGAAGUGCAGUCAUCCCCAAGGAGAACUUACUUUCCAAGCUUGGAUUUCAAAGUUUCACACUCGAGACGCUAAAGACGUUGGAGAUGACGAUGUGUCUCUGAUUGCUGCGCCUGGUGGUGGCUUCACGCAAGAGUCAACGUCACAGAGUAUGGGGUCACUGCCGCGGAGAAACAGCCAUAAUCCCCUUGCAAAGUUAAAAGACAAAUUCACACACAAGGACAAGGAUUCGUCUGAAUCUGGCGGGAAACUUGGUGCUAAGGGUAAACGAGGGAGUUUGUCUGUUUUGAACUUGAGUUUUGGUCGACGGUCUUCAAAAUCGAAGGCUAAGGAUGACGAAUCCUCGGGUAGAAUGGUUCGUGCGAAUAGCACUUUUGCUUUCGGGACUGGUACUAAGUUCAGCUUGAGUUCUUCAAGCAAAGCUCACAGCUGUAUGGAUUUGAAUCAACCGGUUGGUGUUCCGAAAAUAGCCGAUGUCACACCGAAUGAGGUCAUGGUUGAUGGGGGUGUGAAGAUCACAAUCAGUGGAGAAUUCUUGGGAAAUGGACGGGAGGAUGUGAUUGGGUUGUUCCUUGCAAGUUUGAAUUGCCUCGACACCUUGGAAUAUGAAUCGCCGAAGCGAAUUCAUUGUUGGACUAAGACUUGGAAGCCAUGUUCGGGGCCUGUUGUCGUGGUGACGCAGUCAGGUGGUCGCGGUGUCUCCAAUCAUGCAAGUACUCAGUUCGCAUUCCUCAGUUCACAAGAUAUUGAGUGCGACUCGAUAAAUGGAGAGAUGUUUGAGAGGAACAAUAACUUAAACUUGAGCUUGAGUAGUGAGGAGACUGGAUACGUUAGUGAUGGAUCCAAGAAGGAUCACAAAGAGAUGUCUAAGGAAGAAAAGAGAUUGUCUUUGCUAUCGGUGCCUGGCCAAGAGAACCCGCACCCCAAGCCUGAGAAGAAACACAAGCGGACAGAGAGCUUACAAAAUAUCUUACAAGCAUUGGCUCCAACAAAAGACAAGUCAUCUAGUCUUACAAAAGCUGAUAUGAUCACAGAAUUACAAAAGAUUAAGAUGGAAAACCUGAAACUCACAGCGGACAAUCAAGGACUCAAGACGAGGAACCAGAACCUACUGAUUCAGAACAAAGAGCUACAAGACCAGAACGACAACCUGAAAGUCUACAUCGAUAAGCUGUUGACAAGGGUGAUAGACAAAUGUCCGGAUGUGCUCAAGCAUGGGUAAAGAAAAAUGUGUAAAACCCGAAGUGAUUCAACUCAGACAAAGAGCAAAUGCAGAGGAAAAGGGAGACAUUCUUGUUGAGGACAUUCGAUAAAGCACUGUAAUUAGUGAAAUAUAAUGGUUCAAAUGCUUCCUGGUCCCAGUUCUAUUUAGAUCAUAACAUCAUCCUGAUACAUGUAUGUUAGUACAUGUACAUCAGUGCACAGCAAAACGUGUCACAACAUGUUUAUCAUGAUGUCAUGAGCCAAAAUGAUUUCUAAGAACAGGGCCCUUUGAGUUUGCAACUUUCCAUUCCAACCUUCAACCCUCAGACAUACUGGUGUCAAUUGUGAUGAACACGAAAUGUUGGAAGACACCAAAUGAUCUAAGUCAAUACAGUGCAGAAACUUGACUGGUUGUUUGAAAGUGUGUGAGUGUUGGGGUUUUAAUUUUUUCCUCAUCGGGCCCACUAUUUGCACCAGUUGUCUGAGGGUUGACAGGGCAUAUUCAUUCUAAAAUCGAUGAAAAUAUAAAUCUACAUGUAUUUAUUAUGUGAUGUAAAUAUCAUUAUUAAUGUAUUUUUCUCUACUAUUUGUACUACUUUCAGAACUGAACAAGUCAUUCAAACAUGUCAUGCAUUGAGAAAUCCAAUCUAUUCUUUAAAAAAAAAUCAGCUGUGUAUAUCCCAGCACUCAUAUCAGUUUGAAGACAAUACUUAGACGGUGAACAAUAUCUUUCAAAAGUAGCCAAAAUGAAAUUCAUUUAUUCAAGCCAUCUUCUGUGAUUCUAAAAUUUACGAUAGGAUUUUUAACUGGGUCAUGUUGUAAUCUUCCACAUUGUUGUUCUAUUGUGGAAAUGUACAUUGUAGAAUGAGUGGUACACUGUACAUCCUCAUUGUAUAGUCUGUUCUCCAUUAGGAAAAAAUUAUGACAGGGGCAAGGAAGUCUCUCGUUUAAUAAAUUUGUGUAAAUGUAUCUUCGGUGAAUAUUAUGAUUGCCUUUGUGUAGGCAUCAGAUGUGCAUACAUUCCCCACAUACAUGUAGGCAUCAGACGUGUAUACAUUGCCCUCAUGUAGGCGUCAGAUGUGCUACAUUGCCUACAUAUAGGCUUCAGAUGUGCAUACAUGCCUUCUUGUACGCAUCAGAUGUGCAUUCAUUGCCUACAUGUCCGCAUCAGAUGUGCAUGCGUUGCCUACAUGUAGGCAUCAUAUGUGCAUACAUUGCCAACAUGAACAUGUAGAACCAUCGAUCUGUCUCAGUGCUUUAGUGCAUGAUAUGGUUGCUUGCUGUCACUGCUGCCUGUUGUCUGCCUAUUCAGGCACCAUUGUAUCCCGCCAUAAACGUAAGUUGCAACCCUAUUUUGUGGAUCACUUAAUGAUCAUAUUUAUCUUCCACACUCUUACUACCAGUAGUUUCUCACUAUCAGUGGCCACCUUCUGUGGUCAUUUGAACUCUAUAUCAUAUCUCCUUUUUCAUAUCAUAUCUCCACUUUCUUAUCCAUUUACAUAUCAGCUUUGUACAUGCAAUAUGUCUUUGAAUUCUGAGCAAGCAAAUCGAGGCACUGAGUAUCUGACCAGUCAGUGAAGUAAUGGGUUUGCAUGCGUUAGAAAGGAAAGCAAAGUAACGGUUUGUGCUGAGCCUGUACGCUGUAAAUAAUGCCACAUUUCAGAUGAACAUUAAUGGCCAUUGGAUAAUGUACAGAUUUAUACAUGGUAUCAAAGACAUUGUAUUCAGUAUAUAAAUGUACAGUUAGGCCUGAGUCAUGUGCGAUUAAGCUUAUAAAUAUACAUGUGUAGUCCUUUUUCAAGUGUGAAUAGUUUCAAUAUACGGUGUAAUAUGAGACACCUCUAUCAGUGACUUCAUGUAACUUAAUCUGACCUACAAUUCUCCUGCCCAUCUUUGUUUCAAGAAGCACAUGCAGGUUGAGAGCUUGAUUGGUGCUCAGUUAUCAGAAAGGUCGGAAAAUAAUUUCGACAGUCACAUCUGCCAAAAUAUAGACACUGGGUGAUACAUUGUAUGAGACCACAUCCUGAGAUCAGGUUUUUGCUAUACUAGUAAAUGUUCCAGUUCCAAAAGAAGAUAAUAUCAUUUAAAAAGCAUGUAUCAGUGAAAUAAAAUGUAUUGUUUAUCCAUGUUACCAUGAUUACUCUUGAAUAUGUGAUUUGGUGUGAUGACCAUUGUACAAUAAAUGCCAUUU